CUUACAACCCACUUUUAAACUCGUCUAACAAUUCCUCGUCCUAAUAUCUACCUACCUACCUACCUACCUAGGGUACCUUACCUAGUUGACCGCUCUUCUAUUGAUCUCUACCUAUUCUACACCAUAUUUCUCUCUUCUACUAUUUGUCUUUCACUCCUCUCUCCAGUUUGUCCCAUCUUGCUCGAGCUUUAACCAAACAACGAUAAUCAUGUCUACACCCGCUUUCCCCGCCGGAGGUACUCUUCUCCAGACCUUCAAGAAGUCAUUCGUGGAUGUGCCCAUCGACAACAACAAUGACAAUGCUAUUUCUACUACCGAGUUCCUCGAGGCCGCCGAGUCUCUAACUACCAUGUUCGAUAUUCUUGGCUCCGUUGCCUUCUCUCCCGUGAAGUCUGAUAUGUUGGGCAACGUCAAGAAAAUUCGCGAACGCCAGCUCGCUGCCCCCGCCGACUCUGAGACCCUACAAGCUCUUGUCAUCAACGAGCUAAAGACAAAGAAGCACGUCGCCACCGAAGGACUUCUAUGGCUAACUCGAGGUUUGGAAUUCACCUGCAUUGCACUAAGCCAAAACUUGGCUCAGGAAUCCGAAGAACUCUCUGCCUCUUUCCGUAACGCAUACGGUUCGACCCUCAAGCCACACCACGGCAUGCUUAUCAAGCCUGUCUUCUCCGCUGCCAUGGGCGCUUGCCCCUAUCGCAAAGACUUCUACCCCAAGUUGGGAGAUGAUCAGGCCAAUGUUGCGGUUGAGCUGAGAGCUUACCUAACCGCCCUCGAGAAAAUCGUUGGGAUAUUGAAGGGAUUCCAGGAGCGAAAGGAGUCCAAGUGGUAAUCUACAAAUGAAGUAUUUUGCAUUCGCUUGGGGCCUCCAUGAGUACGUAUUAUGUUGAUAACUCGAAGCUACUCUGUAUAGCUUAGCUUGGGAUUACA